AAACAACACACCAAACAACAAUUAUCAAUAUAUCAAUAAAUUGAUUCGAUACAUCAUUCCAUACGAUAUAUCGCGAUAAUAUGGAUUCCAGUUCCAGACAUUAUAAAAAAGGAUUGCAAUUUGAAGAAAAUGGUUUUUAGUUUUUUUUUAUUUGUUAUCAUCAUCAUCAUCAUCAUCGUGAUUAUGAAUCAUGGCAUCGUUGAAACGAAUUAAAUUUUCAGCAACAAAUCUUGAAUUUAGUGAUGGUUAUUAUUAUGAUGAUCAUGAUUGUUGUAAUGUUGCGAUGGCAUGGAAAAAUCUCCGUUAUGAAGUGAAUAAUCGAUUCAUUGGUGGUAGUGGACGAAAAGUGAUUCUACGACGUAUGAAUGGCCAUCUUGAAUAUAAUAGUCUAAAUGGAUUUCUUGGACCAAGUGGUGCCGGUAAAAGUACACUUCUUAAUUGUUUGAAUGGCACAUAUCGAUCUGGACUCAGCGCCGAUUCGGAAAUCUACAUCAACCGACAAGAGAAUGAUAAACCGAGAAUAAGAUACAUUCAACAACAUGUCCAUGAAACGAUAAUCGGUUCGAUGACAGUUCGUCAGGUGCUUUACUAUGCCUUUCGAUUCAACAAUAGCUACAAGCAUGGUGGAUCCGAAAUGGAUAAACAGAUGACCAAUGUCCUCGAUCAACUGUUGCUCGAUCACAAAGUUCUCGACAGAAGGUUUGAUCUUUGCAGUGGAGGUGAACAAAAACGUAUUGCUCUUGCCCAAGAAUUGAUGUCACUGAAGGCGCCGAAAUUUUUGUUCGUCGAUGAACCGACCACAGGGUUGGAUAGUCAUGCCGCAUUGUUGAUGGUACGUUGUCUACGAAAGUUGGCUGACAAUCCACAGAAUCGAAUGACUAUUCUGGCAUCGAUACAUUCGCCCAACUCGGACAUUCUCAAAUUGUUCGACAAACUCUACAUAUUGGCAAAAGGUGGUGUCUGCAUCUACUCUGGAUUGCCAACAUUGUUACAGCAGAAUCUUCACGAACAUAUUGGGCUAGUGCAUGAUCGAAGCAAACCGCCGAUCGAAGAAUAUCUGGCCAUCGCCUGCAAAGGAACUGGCGAUGAAAAUGUUCGUCGAUUAGUAGAAGCUACCUGGUCACAACAACAAACCGAAUUGAAACAAAUGAUACCACAGAUGAAAUUUCUACCACAAGGAGUCAUUGUCGACCACAAACUUUUCUCAGCUGGAGAUUUCCUUCUUCAAAUCACACGAAUGUGUCAAUUAACGUUCAUCAAACAAAUCAAUUCGAGAAUCAUCACCAUAUUCUUGUUGUCUCUAGUCUGUUUCAUUCAUUCGAAUUUAUUCGAUCAAGAUAUCAUAAAGCCAGAUACUUGUGUGUCAGCUGUUGACUUCACCAAGCCUGAAAAUAAUCAAACUUGUCAAGACGAAUUGGACGAUAAUAAUCGAAUCGAAUUCUAUGCUUUUUAUCAAAGUCUGAUUCUUAUGUUGAUUGGUUAUUCACUGAGUGGUAUUAGUAGUUUGACAUUCUCAUCAUUGAUAAAAAUAUUCAAGAAUGAACAUCGUAAUGGUUGGUACAGUGUUGGUGUUUCCUAUUGGUCAGUCAUAAUUGUUCGAUUGAUUGAUUUUACCAUUCUGGCAUUACAUGUGACAAUAAUGAUGUAUUUUUUGAUCGAUCAUACUCAUGUUGAUGAUGGCCAAUUCAAUUGGUAUCGAUUUGGCAAUUUUUUCCUAUUUAUUUGGAUGUUUAUCUUUUACAUACAAUCAUUGGGACAAUUAUUUAGCAUUAUAUUCACAAAUUUCUUGGAUAUUGCCGUUUCAUUAUCGUUCGUUGCAUAUGCAUCACUGGAUUUCAACAAUGGUUAUAUGUUUCCGGAUAAUUAUAUUGUCAUGACCGCUAGUAAAAUUCUCAAUGAUUUUAUUGGAAGCAAAUACAUACGAAAUGGAUUACUUUAUUCAUUUUAUGGUAUCGAUCGAUGUGAUACGGAUGAAAUAUCCUCUGUUCUUAUUGAUCAUGAUAUCAAUCCAAAUACUGUCUAUAGGAAUCUCUAUCAAAUCCUGAUCAAUUCGAUCGCUUUAAGAAUGUUGACAUUGUUCAUAAUGAUGUCGAAAUUUCAAAGUUGGUCAUUUUCAUCAUCGAAACGAUUAUCACAACGUUUAAAUCCCAAAGAUUUCCUCAGAAUUGAUUAUGAAAAUAGUACAGAUUUAAAAUCAUUCAAAACGUCAAUCGAAACAAAUGAACGAAAGAAAUCGAGAGAAGAAAUUGAAUUUGAAAAAUUCUCCAAAGAUAAAAUCAUCAUAGCUUGGCGAUCAUUGAGUUUGUUCAAUUCCAGUUCCAUAUUCGAAUUGCGUUCGGCUUUAAAACUUGAACAACCCAAGUAUAUACUGCGUAAUCUGAAUGGCCAAUUUCGUUUUGGAACAUUGAAUGCUUUGAUGGGCACGUCUGGAGCUGGCAAGACUUCUUUCCUCAAAGUGUUGAAUGGCCGGGACAAGACUCGAUUGAGCACUGAAACCGAAUUCUAUGUUAGCAAGUUCACUCCACUAAGAACCUGUUAUAUAACUCAAGAGAUUUCUUGUCAUCUGACAUCGGGAUUAACGGCACUUCAAAGUCUCAUCUAUGCAAGCAAAUUGAAAAACCUCGGUGAAAAUAUCGAUCAUAAACACAUGGCCAUGGCCAUGUUGGAAGAACUGGACAUUGCCGACACAGCCAAUACAUUGGUCAAUAAAUGUUCUGGUGGUCAACGAAAACGAUUGGCAUUGGCUUUGGAACUAAUGUCGCUACGAAUGCCCAAUUUCAUUUGCAUCGAUGAACCAACCAGUGGUUUAGAUUCGAGUUCGGCCGAAGUGAUCAUUACAUGUUUACGGAAAAUGUCACAUAAGCACAACAUCACCAUCGUGGCAGCCAUUCAUCAACCGAAUACUGAGAUGCUUAUGCUAUUUGAUCAGGUCUACAUUCUGGCCAGAGGUGGUGUAUGCAUCUUUUCAGGACCACCAUCACAAAUCACUGACCAUCUCCAGCAAGUUUGCAGCGAUGAUCGUGGCUAUAAAGAUGAAAAAUUUGCCGUCGAAGAAAUGAUGAAAUUUUCUUGUUUGAAUCACUUGAAUCCUCAAAUCAGAAUACUGGCUCAAUCUUCAAAUGUAUUGAUUCGAGAUAAUCAUUUUGAAAAUCAACUAAUGACUGAUACUCAAUUCGUUUUAGACGGGUUACCUAUCAAUCGAACCAGAUUUUCAUUACAUUCAGUCAUCAUAUUGAUUGAACGACAAUUUUAUUAUUACAUUGGAAGUUCUAUCACCCAAUUUCUUCUAUUCUUUUUCCUAUGUUUUAGCUUUGUAAAUGGUUUGAUAUUGAAAAGUUUGAUCAAUCCUUCUAUGGUAUUUCGUAGUGGUUGUAUGAGUUUAGACGAAGAUUUGAGCAACUGUAAUCGUUCGAAAGAUGAAAGAAUGGAACUUUUAAUCAAUUAUAAUUAUAUCAAUCAUCUUCAAGAUAGUUUUGGCCUGAUUAGUUGUUUCUUUUUCGCCGCAAUGUUUGUUUCACAACGAAAUUUAUUCAAAAUUGAACAUCGAAAUGGAUGGUACAGUUCUGGUGCAUUUUAUCUAACGAAAGCCGUAUCUGAAAUGAUUAUAGCUUUACCGGUUAUCGUAAUGUAUCCGAUUAUAAUCGAUAUUUAUUAUCCAAUUCGAACUUAUGUUUGGUACAAUAUGAUAAUGAUCACCAUAUUACCAAUGAUUGCAUUUCAAGGUGCCAGCUAUACAUUAUCCAUAUUGUUUGGACAUAAUCCAUUGAUGUUAUACAUUUCUAUUCCGGCCCUAUUAUUGUUAUCGAUUAUCUGUACAGUAACGCCAUAUGCAUUAUCACAUUUUGCAUUCAAAUUGAUUACGACAUUCAAUCUUUUCCGUUAUCAAAUCGAAGCUAUAUUGUUCUUGGUAUUUGGUUUUAAUCGAUGUGGCCAUAGAGAAGUACAGGUUUUAUUGUACCGGUUAGGACUGCAGCAUGAUGAUUAUUUCUAUCAUUGUAUCGUGAUGACUGCCAUCAAUGCUUUGCUAUAUCAAACAAUAGCACUAUCAUUAUUUUGUAUCAUCCAUAAUCCAUUCGAAAAUCGUCGUAAACGUAUUGAACGUAUUCGAUAUCUGAAUCAACGACAAUUGCCAUCAAAAGUAAUGAUACCUGGUCUUGGCUGUUCGAAUGAUUUCACAAUUAAAACAAUUUCAAUUUAAUUUUUUUCGCACUUUAUUAACCCAUUGACUGCCAAGCGGCACAUAUGUGUG